AGAAUUUGCCAUUCAUUACUGCGUUAAAAGCUGCUCUUUAGAGAUAUGCAUCAAGACCUGUAAGAACCUUGCCUAUGGAGAAGAAAAGAAAAGAAAGUGCAAUCCAUGAGAUCUAUGGGAACAGCUUAAUUUCUACUGUGAUUGACAGCUGCAACUGCUCAGACUCCAGUGAUAUCGAACUGAGUGAUGAUUGGGCUGCCAAGAAGUCUCCCAAAAUCUCCAGAUCUAGCAAAUCGCCCAAACUCCCAAGGAUCAGCAUUGAGGCCCGAAAGUCACCCAAGCUUCCACGGGCUGCUCAAGAGAUUUCUCGGUCUCCCCGAUUGCCCAUGCGCAAGCCCUCCAUGGGCUCGCCCAGCCUGACACGGAGAGAGGUUCCUUUUGAAGACAUCACUCAGCACAACUAUCUUGCUCAGGUCACAUCCAAUAUCUGGGGAACCAAGUUUAAGAUUGUGGGCUUGGCUGCAUUCCUACCAACCAACCUCGGUGCAGUAAUCUAUAAAACCAGCCUGCUGCAUCUCCAGCCUUGGCAGAUGACCAUUUAUCUCCCGGAAGUUAGGAAGAUUUCCAUGGACUAUAUUAACCUGCCUGUCUUCAACCCAAACGUUUUCAGUGAAGAUGAGGAUGACUUACCAGUUACAGGAGCAUCAGGUGUCCCUGAAAACAACCCGCCCUGUACAGUGAACAUCCCUAUUGCACCAAUCUACAGCUCUGCUCAAGCUCUGUCUCCCACCCAGAGCAUAGGGCUGGUGCAGUCCCUGCUGGCCAAUCAAAAUGUGCAGUUGGAUGUCUUAACCAAUCAGACAACAGCUGUAGGGUCAGCAGAGCAUGCAGGUGAUGCUGCUACCCAGUACCCAGUCUCCAGUCGGUACUCCAAUCCUGGACAGGUGAUUUUUGGAGGUGUAGAAAUGGGCCGCAUCAUUCAGAAUCCUCCUCAAUUGCCUUUGCCACCACCGCCACCACCACCACCACAGGCGCCUAUGCAGCUGUCUGCGGUGGACCAUGGAGAUCGGGACCAUGAGCACCUGCAGAAGUCAGCCAAGGCCCUGCGCCCAGUGCCUCAGCUGGCUGCCGAGGGGGAUGCGGUAGUUUUCAGUGCCCCGCAGGAGGUCCAAGUGGCGAAGAUGAAUCCCCCACCCCCGUAUCCAGGAACUAUCCCUGCUGCCCCCACCACGGCUGCACCCCCACCCCCUCUGCCACCACCACAGCCCCCAGUGGAUGUGUGUUUGAAGAAGGGUGACUUCUCACUGUACCCUACAGCAGCACAUUACCAGCCUCCACUAGGCUAUGAGAGGAUUACCACCUUUGACAGCAGUGGCAAUGUGGAAGAGGUGUGCCGGCCUCGGACUCGGAUGCUCUGUUCCCAGAACACCUACACUCUCCCUGGCCCAGGCAGUUCUGCCACCUUGAGACUCACAGCCACUGAGAAGAAGGUCCCCCAACCCUGCACCAGUGCCACUCUGAACCGACUAACUGUCCCUCGAUACUCCAUCCCCACAGGGGACCCACCUCCUUACCCUGAAAUUGCUAGCCAGCUGGCCCAGGGGCGGAGUGCCGCUCAAAGGCUGGACAACAGUCUCAUCCAUGCCACCCUACGAAGGAACAACCGAGAGGUGGCACUUAAGAUGCCCCAUCUGGCAGACAGCUCCCGUGCCCCACUGCAGCCCCUAGCCAAGCCUAAGGGGGGUGCUGCUGGGGCAGUGGCACAGCUCCCAGCAAGACCUCCACCUGCCCUAUACACCUGCAGCCAGUGCAGUGGAGCAGGGCCCAGCUCCCAGUCAGGUGCAGCCCUGGCCCAUGCUAUCAGCACCUCCCCACUGGCCUCCCAGUCCUCCUAUAAUCUUCUAAGCCCUCCUGACACCUCCCGUGAUCGUACUGACUAUGUCAACUCAGCCUUCACCGAGGAUGAGGCCCUGUCUCAGCACUGUCAGCUCGAGAAGCCUCUGAGGCACCCCCCACUUCCUGAAGCUGCUGUCACCAUGAAGCGACCUCCCCCUUACCAGUGGGACCCCAUGCUGGGUGAGGACGUUUGGGUUCCCCAGGAAAGGACAGCACAACCUACAGUGCCCAACCCCUUAAAACUGUCCCCCCUCAUGCUAGGGCAAGGCCAGCACCUGGAUGUGGCUCGAGUGCCCUUUGUGUCUCCCAAGUCUCCGUCCAGCCCUACUGCCACCUUCCCGACAGGCUAUGGGAUGGGAAUGCCAUAUCCAGGCAGCUAUAACAACCCCUCUUUGCCUGGAGUACAAGCUCCAUGCUCCCCUAAGGAUGCCCUGUCCCAGGCACAGUUUGCACAACAGGAGUCUGCUGUGGUACUUCAGCCAGCAUACCCACCCAGCCUUUCCUACUGCACCUUGCCCCCCACAUACCCAGGAAGCAGCACCUGCUCCAGUGUACAGCUGCCGCCCAUCGCCUUGCACCCUUGGAACUCCUACAGCACCUGCCCGCCCAUGCAGAACACCCAGGGCACUCUUCCCCCCAAGCCCCACUUAGUGGUGGAGAAGCCUCUUGUGUCCCCUCCACCUGCCGAGCUCCAAAGCCACAUGGGCACAGAGGUGAUGGUAGAGACUGCAGACAAUUUCCAAGAAGUCCUCUCUCUGACAGAAAGCCCUGUACCGCAGAGAACGGAAAAAUUCGGAAAGAAGAACCGGAAGCGCCUGGAUAGCCGAGCAGAGGAAGGAAGUGUUCAGGCCAUCACUGAGGGCAAAGUGAAAAAGGAUGCUAGGACUUUGAGUGACUUUAAUUCUCUCAUCUCCAGCCCCCGCCUAGGGAGAGAGAAGAAGAAAGUGAAAAGUCAGAAAGACCAACUGAAGUCAAAGAAGUUGAACAAGACAAACGAGUUCCAGGACAGCUCAGAGAGUGAGCCCGAGCUGUUCAUCAGCGGGGAUGAGCUGAUGAACCAAAGCCAGGGCAGCAAGAAGGGGUGGAAAAGCAAGAGGAGCCUGCGGACCGCCAGUGAGCUGGAGGAAUUCAAGUGCCGCAAAGCCAGUGAGAAGGAAGAUGGGCGGCUGGGCAGCCAGGGCUUCGUGUACGUGAUGGCCAACAAGCAGCCACUGUGGAACGAAGCCACACAGGUGUACCAGCUGGACUUCGGAGGAAGGGUGACCCAGGAGUCUGCCAAGAAUUUCCAGAUUGAGUUGGAAGGACGACAGGUGAUGCAGUUUGGACGGAUUGAUGGCAACGCAUACAUCCUAGACUUCCAGUACCCCUUCUCAGCUGUUCAGGCUUUUGCUGUUGCCCUGGCCAAUGUGACUCAGCGCCUAAAAUGAAGAGACAGAUGCAGGAGUAGACAUGGCAGGAGCCUUUGGAGGCGGAGCUCAUGCUGCUACUACCUGAGAAGAACAGGGGAAGCCAGCAGGCCAGGAGGGUGCUGGUCUGUAGGCAUGGCCCGGUCGUUCACUUAGCCUUUAUUGUCUCUUUUCUUUUGCUAGAGUGGUGUUUGGAAGUGAAGAAUUUGAGGUACCUUGUGUUCUUGAAGGCGGUGUAGCUUGGCUAUAGAGUGUACUGCAUUUACUUCUCAUGGCCAGGACCAAGGGCCUUUGCAGAGAAGAUAGGUUGCUCGGCCUUGCUCUUCUUUUAAACAUAGGGAGUGUUAGUGUUCGUUCUUCAUGUCAUCUGUCCUUUAUUCCAACAUUCACUCAUGAAAAAAAAAUUUUUUAAACACAACCAAAACUCUGGAAGAGUCAGCUUGUACUGGGUUGUGGGGGACAGCAUUUCAUUCACAGAUGUGUGCUGCUCACUAAAAGGUACCUGGAUGAAUGAGGGAUACAUAUGCAAAUGCCUUGUGCUCUGCUUAGGUAAACCACCAUAGAUGGGUACUGCCACCAUUGUCAACGUGAUUUGAUAGGCAGUGUGUGAGGGAAGAGAGACUGCCCAUGGACACAGGCUCACAUGCAGACAGACAACUGGAUGAGCUGAUAGUGUGGCUCAUGCAAGGGUGAUUUUCCAAGGAUGGUAGUUGGAAACCCCACUGGUUUCUUGUGUCAGAAGUAAUCCUAUCUGACUUUGAAAGAAGGUAAGAGACUUCAGUCAGUGGGCCGAUCCAGGCUGGGGUGGAGCUGGGUUUACAUCAUAGUCAUUAGACUGCUCACUCACCACACAUACCUCCCUCCACUUGUCAAGAACCUGCCUUGGCUCUCCUUCCCCCUUUGUUUGACUCUGGAGCAUUCUACUGUAGACGUCUUUCUCUUUAGAUCCUAUUGCUCUGUCUUUUCUAAACCGUGAAUGAGACUUGAUUUGCAACUACACCUUUCCUUCCCUUGUCCACAUUAAAAUUCAGUUGUUUUGAAUGCUUUCCAGCAGUUAUAAGUGUAAUCAAAAAUAUGUGUGCAUUUCCUAGCAUACUAAAAGAUAGAGCCAUAGUCACAUCUUUGGGGAAAACACCACAAUAUGCUGUAAGGGGGAAAAAAAACUGUUUUUGGGUGCAUAGACUGUACUAAAAGAUUGACCACAACUAUGGGAGAGCCUUGUUAAGACUGUCUGUGCUUUAUUCAUUCUGCCUGUAGCAUGUUUGCAAAAUUUUUUCUCGUGGGAACACACACACCCAGGAAAACACCCAGACCUUGGGAGUAAGGCCCAGUUCUCGCUGUCGCUGCAACCUGUGCUGCUUGUUCCCAGAGCACAAGAGCUUUAACUUUUGACUUGGGUCUUAUUUGAAAGCUGACAAGUGGAAGAUGCUAAGGAAAUUCUUUUCACCUUAAAUGUUGAUUUAGUUUCCUCCUCUUUUUCCUCUUCCUCCUCCUCCUUGUGUUUGGUUUAAAAAUAAUGAAAGAAACUGUCUGAUUCCUUUAGCUGAGAAAAAUUAAAUUACUCAUCAUUUUUUCCUAGAUUCCAAGGAAAUAUGGACAAGAACAUCUCCCAGCUGAUAGUGGGGUUUUCCAUUUUAUAAUUUAAAAUAUGAGAGCUGAUUCUUAGGUGGGCCAGUUGUCCCGGAACAAGUUGAGCAGUAUGUUCAGAGUUAGUGUGUUUACGUAAGUCCCUGUAGCUUGAUAAGGCAUCCAGUGCUUAGCAUUAGCUGUGCAAUACUGUUGUCGCCUCUCUGUGUAUGGAAUAAUUUAAAUGCAGUUUUCUUUGUUUUGUUGUCUAAGAGAUAGUUAUUUAUCUUGCUCUUUAUAGUAUUCUUGGGAACUAUUUUGUUAUUAUGUAUUGGUGAUUUAUGCCCAUUUUAUUAUUUAUUUAGAAAAAUAGUACCUUUGUAAUGCCUUGUUUGGUGGCAAUAUAUUUUGCUGCAAAAAAUAAAGAGAAUAUGACAGAAGGUUUUUGGGGGGGACGGGGAGGCUAGGUGCUUUGCAACUUUCUUGAGAGUUGGAGAAAAUCUUAUUGAUCCCCUAAAAAAAUAAAUUCACUCUUUAUCUCAGUAUUGAUUAUAUGCAAAAUAGGCAAUAUCUUUGAGAUAGCAUACCCUAAGACAGUAUUUCUUAUUUUGAAAAUGUUAAUUUAAAAUAAAAUGUGAUAAGACACAGGAAGGGCAAGACAUCUGAGAUAAGAGUCUCAAAAGAGUCCCUUAGUAAAUGAUCUUCAAGUUUUAGGGUUUUUUUUUUUGGUUGUUGUUUGUUUUGUUUGUUUGUUUUGUUUGUUUGUUUUGUUUUUUUAGUUAAAAUUUACCUUUUCCAGACCGCAAAAGUUAUACUUACAACUUUGCUAAAUAAGAACAUCCCUAAAAGAUACUCUUUGUCUGUGGAGAUGCAGGCUUCUGGCCUUGAGUUGCUUGACCUGUGAGCUGCAGGAACAGGCGGAGAGUGAGUCUCAGGUUCCACAUGGGCAGAAAGCUGCUGCUGCAGCAGUUGUGGCAUCGUAUCAUUUAAGAUAAUGGCUUCUUCCAGUCAAUAUCACUUGAUUAAAUUCUCCUCAAAUGAAGACUUUUAAGUAACAGAAUUUUGGGUACUUCAUGGUUAUUAAUAGCAAUUUGUGAAUGUCCCAAUGUCUCAUUGGAUACUGAAAUUAAAAACAGUCAACUAUAUAGAGACCCAUA